GAAAUGAAUCAGUUGAUGCUCAAAACACUUGUCAUCUGUGGCACAUGAAUAUAGAAACCCUUCCAGACUGGAUAAACUGCCGAGUACAAAAAGCCCAGUGGACAGUUGGGAAACUGAAUUGUCCUUUCUGUGGGGCCCGAUUAGGGGGCUUUAAUUUUGUCAGCACUCCAAAAUGUUCCUGUGGCCAGCUUGCAGCUGUACAUCUCUGCAAGAGCCGGACUGAUCAUCAAGCAGCACAAGCCAGCAGACUAAUGAGACCAGCGCUGAAAUACUUGUCACAUCCCGGAGUUCCAUCAGCUUGUGAUAAGGAAACUCUGCGGACAGGUGGUGGCUCCAGAACCAGAAACCACAGGCUUUUAAGCAUGGCCCGGAACAAUAACGGCCUUGGAAGACUAGCGGAGGCCCUCUGUCUGGAGGUGCGAGCGACACAUUUUGAGAUGAAGAAUGAAAAACUGCUCUUCAAAGCAUCAGACCCAAAAUACCAGCCCUUUGUUCCUCAGCUGGCAGCCGGCAGGUGCACUUCAAGAGCUUCUCACAGAAAGUCACACAGUUUGGACCUGAGCAUCAGUGAGAAGCUGAUUUUAUUACCCACUUUAUAUGAAAUACGUAGUAAGACUACUGCCUAUCCCACACUAAAUGAAACACGGCCCAUUGACCUUUCAGGCUUGGCUUUGUCAUGUAGUAAAAGUAGCUGCUCUUUUCAAAACGCACCCAGUUUUGAUCCUAAUAUGCUGCUGCACAGACUUUCAAUGGCUCCCCAUGAGACCCAGGCACAAAGAGGAAGAGAAUUUCCGUGUGGCCUAGAAGCUUCUUCAGUUUACUCAGAUCAUGCUAAUGCUAACAGCCUGACAUUCCUGAUGGAUCUGCCCUCAGCGGGGAGGAGCAUGCUGGAGGCCUCAGACCAAGAAGAACACCUCUCCCCUCUGGACUUUCUGCGCUCUGCCAGUUUCCCCUUGGGCACCAUUAACCACAGGCUGAAUAACAGAGAGAGGAGCAAGUUGAGGACUCUAAGAAGGCAGCAGCGGAGGCGUGAGAGAUGGCUACAGAAGCAGGGUAAAUACUCAGGAGUGGGACUGCUGGAUCAUAUGACUCUGAGCAAUGAGAUGAGCACAGAUGACGAGGCUGAGUACACAGAGGAGAAGGACAGCUACAUCUGCGCCGUGUGCCUGGACGUGUACUUCAACCCCUACAUGUGCCACCCUUGCCACCACAUCUUCUGCGAGCCCUGUCUGCGGACUCUGGCCAGAGACAACCCCUCCAGCACUCCCUGCCCGCUGUGCCGGACAAUAAUUUCCAGAGUCUUUCUCCAGACAGAACUGAACAAUGCCACAAAGACAUUCUUUACUAAAGAAUAUUUGAAAAUCAAGCAAAGCUUUCAGAAAUCCAGCUCCGCCAAGUGGCCCUUGCCAAGCUGCAGAAAGGGGUUCCAUCUUUUUGGAGGGUUUCACAGGCGUGCAGCCCCAAUGACAAGGAGGCAGUUCCCUCACGGGGCACACAGGAUGGACUAUCUGCACUUCGAGGAUGACAGUCGCGGGUGGUGGUUUGACAUGGAUAUGGUGAUCAUCUAUAUUUAUUCAGUGAACUGGGUCAUUGGAUUCAUUGUUUUCUGCUUUCUUUGCUAUUUUUUCUUUCCGUUUUAGGAAUCAUCAUUCUCCGCCAUGAUUGAACAAUCAUAAAUGUAAACAAUGGCUUAAACAUUUUGAAAGUAUGCUUUGAAGUUUUUAUAAUGUUGCAUUAUAAAAAUUGUUAGUGCUUAUAGAAAAUCUGAGGAUAAUGGAUUUAUUUCUUAAUUUCUUUCAUGUAACAACCUAAACUUGAUCUGAGAGCUGAUCCAACAGCCAUUUGCAAUAGUGCACUAUUAAUUCCAUAGAUUUUACCUUAGAACUGGGGUCUCUAAUUUUACAGUGUCAUUUUUAUACUUUCUAUGAUUGUUAAGACAGGUUUUACAUCCAUUUUAAAAUAGUAAAAAUAUGAAAUGAAUAAUCUGGAUGAAUAGCAUCAUUAUUACUGAGAUGUUUAGUCAAGCACUAUGUAUUCUUGGGCAAAUGAUGUGCAUUAAAGAUAAAUGAUAUUCUCUGGGAACUAAUUAAGCAGGGUAUAUUGCAUUUUGACUUCUGAAUAUCUCUACUUCUGUCUCCUAUUACCAAAAAUCUGACUAUCCUUUUUGUAAAGACUUCCUAGCUUUGGUGCAACAUUUUUAACUGUUGUAAGAACAAGAUACUACAUGCAGCCAGAGUAACACCCAAUAGCUAUGUUAGAGCCAUAUUAACACUUUCCAAUUUCAAAAUGAAUCACUUGGGAAAUGACAGAUCUGACAUUUAGUAACCUAAAUGACAAUGCAUGUCCCAACUGUAAUUAAUCUGGUGAUUCAUUUAACUAGAAGGUUGUCAAAUAUAUUGUCAAUGUGCAAUAAAGAGUGGCUUUUACAUUUUU